UUCCGACACCUUCUUUUUAUAACUCGGCUCUGUCCCCCUUCCACUCGACCUGUCAAAACCACGCCUAUGGAGCCACACAAUUGGUCCGAAAGCGUCAAAGAGCCAAUCAAGGAGGCUCCAGCUCCCUUGUAACCCACAACACAUCCAUACAAUCUGGUGCACGCAGAGCACAGACUCACAGGGAAUUCUCAGAGCUGAGAGGCUCCUUCUCUCCCUCUCCUCUCUCCUUCUCUUUCUCUCUUUCUCCCCUCCUUCUCCUCCUUUUUCUCUCUUUCCCUCUCUCUUCCUCCCUCUCUCCUUUGCUGGAGCAUUGCUGGAGAGGAGACAAGAGUAUCAUUCUUUCAGAUUUAUUUUCUUUUUUUCUUUUUCUUUUAUAUUUAUUUAUAUACAUUUUUUUUUAAGGCAGAGUGAAAGAGAAAGAGAAGGGGAAGGAAAAAAAAAUAGGAGGAGGGUAAAAGAAAGAAGAGAUCCUGAUGGAAAUCAGGGCGCUGUGACCAGCUCCUGCUCGGAGCGGGGGAAGGCGAGGCGGAAACGAGAUUUCCCUACAAGUUUUGCUGCUGCCGCUGCCUGAAGGUUGCUGAGGAGCCUUCCCCGCUCGGCGAGGGGGGAAACCACUCCAGGACUACUCCAGCAGUAGGAAGAUCGAGGAGUGGAGUGGAUGAAUAUACCGAUGAGAGAUCCAGUGAUCCCUGGGACAAGCAUGGCUUAUCAUCCUUUUUUACCUCACCGGGCACCGGACUUUGCCAUGAGCGCCGUGCUGGGACAUCAGCCCCCUUUUUUCCCGGCCCUGGCUUUGCCCCCCAACGGGGCGGCCGCCCUCUCCCUCCCCGGGGCCCUGGCUAAGCCCAUUAUGGAUCAGCUAGUGGGGGCUGCAGAGACUGCUAUCCCUUUUUCUUCCCUGGGCCACCAGGCAGCAGCCCAUCUGAGGCCUUUAAAAACUCUGGAGCCAGAAGAAGAAGUGGAAGACGACCCGAAAGUGCACCUGGAAGCCAAAGAGCUUUGGGAACAAUUCCAUAAAAGAGGCACGGAGAUGGUGAUCACCAAAUCGGGAAGGAGAAUGUUUCCUCCGUUUAAAGUGAGAUGCACUGGACUGGAUAAAAAGGCCAAGUACAUUUUAUUGAUGGAUAUUGUGGCGGCUGACGACUGUAGAUACAAAUUCCAUAAUUCCCGGUGGAUGGUAGCAGGCAAAGCUGACCCUGAAAUGCCAAAGAGAAUGUACAUCCACCCGGACAGCCCGGCCACCGGAGAACAAUGGAUGUCCAAAGUCGUCACCUUUCACAAGCUGAAGCUCACUAACAACAUCUCCGACAAGCACGGAUUUACCAUUUUAAACUCCAUGCAUAAGUACCAGCCCCGCUUCCACAUCGUCCGAGCGAACGAUAUUCUCAAGCUUCCCUACAGCACGUUCCGGACCUACGUGUUCCCGGAGACUGAAUUCAUCGCAGUGACCGCAUACCAGAAUGAUAAGAUCACUCAAUUAAAAAUUGACAACAACCCCUUUGCCAAAGGUUUUCGCGACACUGGGAAUGGAAGGAGGGAAAAAAGGAAGCAGCUGACCCUGCAGUCCAUGCGGGUGUACGACGAGAGGCAGAAAAAAGAAAAUCCCACUUCAGAUGAAUCGUCCAACGAGCAGACAGCCUUCAAGUGCUUCGCCCAGUCCUCCUGCCCUGCUGUGCCCGCCGUCGGCACCUCCAGCCUCAAAGAUCUCUGUCCCAGCGAGGGUGACAGCGAUGCCGACAGCAAAGACGACCCUUUGCUAGAAGCCAGCGAGUCGGGCAAAAUCAGCACGACCACGGCCACCACCCCCGCGCCGGCCAGCUCCGGUGCGGCCGCGAGCGACGACCCCCGGGAGAAGGGGGGCAGCCCCUCCAAAAGCCACUUCUUCCCCAGCGACUCGGCGACGAGUCGGAGCCGGGAGAGGACGGAAAAAGCCCCUCCGGACUCCCGGCACAGCCCGGCCACCAUCUCCUCCAGCAGCCGGGGGGGAGGCUUGAGCGGCGAGGAACUGAAAAGCCCCCUUCGGGACGGCCCUAAAGUAGACGAGAACCGGCUGCUGGGCAAAGAGCCCUUCGCCCCUCUCACGGUCCAGACCGACAGCACGGCGCACCUGAGCCAGGGACAUUUGCAGAACCUGGGGUUUCCCCCUGCUCUGGCCGGCCAGCAGUUUUUCAACCCUCUGGGAAACGGGCAUCCACUGCUGCUGCACCCCGGGCAGUUCGCUAUGGGGGGGGCUUUCUCCGGCAUGGCCGCGGGCAUGGGUCCGCUGCUCGCCACAGUGUCGGGGGCUUCUGCCGGCGGCUCGGGACUGGACAGCACGGUGAUGGCCACGGCGGCCGCCCAAGGACUCUCGGGAGCAUCCACGGCCGCUCUGCCCUUCCACCUGCAGCAGCACGUCCUGGCCUCUCAGGGCUUGGCCAUGUCUCCCUUCGGCAGCCUCUUCCCCUACCCCUACACCUACAUGGCGGCGGCGGCGGCGGCUUCCAGCGCGGCCUCCAGUUCUGUGCACCGGCAUCCCUUCCUCAACGCCGUGCGACCCCGGCUCCGCUACAGCCCCUACCCGUUGCCCGUGCCCCUGCCCGACGGCAGCAGCCUCCUCACCACCGCGCUGCCCGGAGCCCUGGCCGCCACCUCCGGAGAGACCAAAGGCAGCGCUCUGGCCUCCAGCCCCGGCGCCGUGCCUCUGGACUCCGCCUCGGACCUCACCAGCCGCUCAUCCACGCUCUCCUCCGGCUCGGUAUCCCUGUCCCCAAAGCUGGGAGCCGACAAGGAGGCGGCUACCAGCGAACUGCAGAACAUCCAGCGCCUGGUCAGCGGCCUCGACCCCAAGCAGGACAGAUCCCGCAGCGGCUCCCCGUAGCCGCCAGCUCAUUUCAAACCAGUCUCGCAAUGCACUUUGUUUGAAAGAAACCACAUCCUCCAUCCCGCCAAGCCUUUCAGCCCUCCCUCCUAUCCUCCCCCCUUUCCCCUUUUUAUUUUAUUGGGUUUUUUUGUUUGUUUGUUUUUUUAAGUUUUAUUUUUAAUAUAAAUCGCCCGGCGUCUUGUGGGCGCUGAUCAGCAAAAAGUGUCGAGCUGGGGGAGGGGGGGGAGGGCGGGGAAGGGCCGGGCUGGGAGCCGGGCCGGGGGCUGCCGCACCGAGGGGCCGCCGGAAUGCGUCCCACCCCCCACCCCCCUCCUUCACUGUCUAAAAAAAUAAUAAGAAUGGGAAAAAAAAAAGAAAAAAAAAGGAAAAAAAAAAAAAGGAAAAAAAAAAACCUCCUGAAAUAAAGCGAAGCAAAACAGCGAACGGACGUAUAAAUAAAAGAAAGUAAGCAAAGCGAUUUUUUUUUUUUUUCUUCCUAAAGAAAACUGUAUAAGCAACUCUCAUAUCGGUCAUUCGCCAGUUGUUUCCUGGGCGGGUUGGUAGCGACAGCCCUCUGCGUCGAUAUUAAGGGAAGCUGUGUGUUUAAAAUAUUAUCGUGAUGUCUGAGAGCCACUCGGUGGCUUUUUUUGCAUGUUCCGUAGUAGUCUGCUUUUUUGGGGGGGGGUUACGUUUUUAUUUCGUUGGGUUUUCGUUGUUUAUUUCUGAUGCUCGUUUCGAAUCCCAGGGACAAAAUAAUGAUAAUAAUAAUGAUAAUGAUAAUAAUAAUAAAAACGAAAAGAAGACCCCUCUUCCCUCUCCCUUAAAGACCCUCCCCGUAGCAACAACAAUAAGAAGUGUAGCUGGAAAGAAAAAAAAGAAGUGGAUUUAUUUUAUCUGAAAACCUCUGUAGCUCGACUGUAGGUUUAUCACAGCUUUCCCUCUUUCAUUGUAUAUGCAAUAACAAGGUUUAAACACGCUGAGAAGAAGAAAAAAAGCGGACACUAUUAUUAAAGCAAAGUAUUUAUGUAAUUAUUUGAUAACUCUUGUAAAUACGUGGAAUAUGAAUACUCGAAAUUAAACUUUAAUUUAUUGACGUUGUACAUAUCUCUGUAAA